CGCCCUCUACGUUCAGCGACGGCAGUAAUGUCGGGAGUACUGUGGUAACGGGCGGCAGACACCUUUCAAAGCGGGGUCUCUGCGGGUAAGAUAGGCAAAAAGUAAACAUACUCUAGCAUGCUGGAUAUACUAGAGGGUGCUUUGUAAUGCAAAGAAACAAUUGUGCUGCCCACUGCACUUGCACCUUUUAUCUGAAAAGAUUUCCUCAGUGAAACAAGUUUUUCUGUGUGUACAAUGAAGGACAGCAUGUGAUGCAAAAAAUAAGUUAGCUUUCCCUAUGUAUUCUGUAUUUUUCGCUUUUUCGUGGAUGUGCAAGGCAGGAGUCAAUGAAAAUGUGCAUGAAGAGGUAAAGAAAACUUACAGAGGAAGACCUGUGUUAUGUUCCAUCUGCUAUGUAAAGAUUCUUUUGGGAACCUACCCACAAGACAACUGCCUAUUUACAUAGGAAACAAAUUAAGAACAUGAAAAUAAAUAUUUGUUGAUAAAAUCAGUUUUUUCACGAUAUUAUUCACAAUGGAGCACUAUGAACUUGUGCAAGAAAUGCCAUCAGUUGAACGCAUGUCAACUCAGGAUCGACUGAAACAUGCACGAAAGCGACGGUCACAGCAGUUAAAAAAAUGGACACAGUAUGAACGUCAGCUGGAGAAGGAGAGCACAAAGAAGAAGAAACAUCAGAACCAGCAAAUAAAGCAGCAGAAGAAACCCAAUAGAAAUGUACGCUUUGUAGGAAAUAUUGCCCUUUUAGAGGCAACUGCAAGAAACGAUAUAAAUGAAGUAAAAAAAUUAUUGGAAUCAGGAGUGAAUCCAAAUGUUACCAAUGAAGAUGGUUUAACUGCUCUUCAUCAGUGUUGUAUUGAUAAUACAGAAGAAAUGAUGAAGCUGCUUUUGGAGUACAAGGCUAAUGUCAAUGCCUGUGAUAGUGAGAUGUGGACACCACUGCAUGCAGCAGCCACAUGUGGUCAUGUUGUACUCUGUAGACAUCUCAUUGAACAUGGAGCUGAACUGCUAGCAGUCAAUGCAGAUGGAAACAUGCCAUAUGACAUUUGUGAAGAUGAAGUUACCCUGGAUUAUAUUGAAACUGAAAUGGCAAAAAGAGGCAUCACACAGGAACAAAUUGAUGAAACACGACUAGUCACAGAGCGAAAGAUGCUUGCAGAUCUGAAAGAAUUGGUUGCUCAAGGAGGCAACUUAGAUUUGGUUGAUGGGUCUGGGGCAACUAUGCUACACAUAGCAGCUGCAAAUGGCUAUGUUGAGGUCGCUGAAUUUCUGUUAGACAACCAUGUGGCUGUGGAUAUUGAAGACAAUGAGUCUUGGCAACCAAUACAUGCUGCUUCCUAUUGGGCUCAGCAAGAGAUUUUGGAAAUGCUUGUUGAGAAUGGAGCAGAUCUAGAUGCCAAAACAAAGAAUGGAGAAACACCAUUUGAUUUAUGUGAGGAACCAGAUUUAAAACAGAAAAUUCUGGAUAUGAAGGAUGAAAUUGAGACCAACAGGGCAAAACGCCAACAGAGAAUGGGAUCUUCAAGAAAACAUCGUGUCAGCUCAAGAAAUUUGAACACACGGGGAAAUAACACAGAGUUUCAGUCUAUUGCAAGCCUUGCACUAUCGGCAGAUUCCCUGUAUAGUUCCAAUUCCUCACUGAAUAAGAAAGCAGCUUUCAGUGCCUCAGUGCGCAGGAGCAGUAUGAGAGGGGAUAAGAGCCAGCUUUUCAAGAAAGAACAUAAAGAAGAAGCCCUCCAUUUUGGCCUUGUUCUUAUGCAGGAUGAAGACUUAUCUCCCGAAGCAGAUGAUCACGAAAACUUGCCAGUCACAGAUCUUGAUGAGGUCACUGUUGUUGUCAAAAAUAAAGAUGAGAAACGUCAGCAGUCAUCAUCUGCUUCAGAUAAACAACCGGCUCCCCAUUCAGUAACCAAUAUCACAGUUGGAAAACCACAGCCUAAGCCCAGGAGUGGUGUGACUCUCAACCAGAGUUCUGACUCUCUUUCCAAGGCAACAGGAUCUCAGGCCAAAGCAACUAUGGAAGGACAGCGAAUCUCCCCUAACAGUAGCCCUGCACUGUCAGAUAGAAACAGAAGGAAAAUGAAUGCUGAUGCUGAUUCUUGUACCGAAAGUCAUCAUGAGCUAGCUGGAAAUCUUUCUGGUCCUAAAGAAAGUCAGAAUCAGAGCAUAUCUCCACCCUUACCCCUCCAAACAGGUAACACAGCGAGGCACCCUUCAUCUAACACAUUAUUAGACCUGAAGAAGAACCGGUCAAAUUCACGAGAAAAUCUCCUUGAUACACAAGUGCAGAACAUGUUUUUGGAAAGCGUUCAGGCUCCCCGUCGAAGCAACAACACUAGUGCCGUGGGAAAAGCUAUGCCAGGGGAGGACAAGACAAAGAAUGGCCACAACAAUAACAACGCCCCUUCACAGGGCUACACCUACUCCACAGCCGAUGGACAGCUAAGGAGAUAUGUUGCCCCUAACAAUGCACCCGUAGUAGGUGAGGAGGAGAAACAGAAGUGUUGUGUAAUUUUGUGAAUCCACUUAAGGUUAAGAAUGUAUUCAUACUGAUACAUAAAUAGUGUAUGUAAACAUUUACUGGUGAUUUGUGAAAGUAUUUCUGGACAAACGUUUAAAGUGCAAUGUGAUGUGUUAAGAUGCAAUGACAAGAAUGCCAGCAUGGUAAAGAGGUAUGGGUACCAGAUUUAUGCUGGAUAAAACACAGUGAAUUUAAUGUUCAAGCGUAGACCAGCAAAAUCACAAGUGUGCCAGGUGAACAAAACAGCAUCAAUGCAUCCACAAGUGAUUAACAUCCCUACAACAUAGCAACAGUUUCUUGCUUCAUAAAAUGCUGCUUGAAUAUGUGAAUAAGAAGCAUUACACUGUUUCCAGUACGCAGUGUUUCUUAACUUUUUGCUGUUUAUUAUCAACCAAAAAUUUAAAAAAAAACAGGUUUACUUUAUAGAUGAAACCCUAAACUGUAAAGAGUUGAUCUUUGAUAGCCCUGUUUUUAAGUUUCUGUGGUGAGCAGCUGUGAUGUACAUAGCUCAAGGCACCUUACACUGUCUUCAGUAUUUUGGUUGUUCUACCCCUUUCCUCCCCCAAAUGGUAUAUUGUCUGUUUAUGCUUGUUUGUAUAAGCACUUCGCCCAGAAUGUGAUUAAUUUGAAAGUAGUUCAAAAAAUAUAAUGAAGUCCCUUAUUGUCCUCAUCUGCAAUGAUUUCUUGCAGAAGAGCAUGCCAUAAAUCAUUUCUUUUGGUUGAUUUUUUUUCUGCCAUGGGUCUCCUGGUAGUUAAAUAUCAGAGGCACAUAACUUUUCAGAACUUGAUGUAAGUCAGAUGAGCCAGAGGAUGACAAUACCAGAGAAAUGAGAGCAAUUUUUUUGACAAAGUAGACACUCAGUUAUUUAAUUUUUGUUAUCCAAACAAAGAUGAACAGCAUAGACUUUAUGCUUGUGAAGAAGACUUUUUUAAAGCUGAAGCUCUAUAGCACUGUGGUUAGUGUCUUCAUUUAAAAGUAAAAAAUGGCUAAUUUAAGGCUUUCUUAGGCCACUAACUGGGCAAUUGCCAGACCCAGUAGUGAUUGGUACAUGAUUUAUUAGGGAAGGUAGAGAUGGACACAGUGAACUUCUUACAGCUCACUGUCUCUAUAGCUGCUAGUCAUUUGGAUCUUUGCUUUUCUUUAGAAUCUCAGUUUGUAUAAACUUUUAAAAAAAAUUAUACAGAAAUGACUUCGAUAGCCCAAAGCAAAUUGUUCUCAUUAGAUUAGCUUUAGAACAAAAUUUAUAUUUUGGAAAAUAUCAAAGACAGAAAAACAUUUUUGAUCAUGUUUCAGAGCAGCGGUUAUCAGUUGUUUAAAAUAUGUUGGCUGUCAGCUACACUCAAUGUUAGUUUAAGUGUAGGUGCUUGCCACUUCUGUCACUUUAGUCUUCAUCAAAUAUAUCUUUGAUGUAUGUGCUUAAUUCCUCUGUUGUUGUCAGGGGUUUUUUUUUACAUGCUGGGACUGGCUUACACCUGGCUACUUUGACCAGCAGGAAAAUGACUAAAUGUGAGUGCCAAGUUCCAGGAUAAAAAAAUACGUUAUAGUGGUGUUUUUAUUGUUAAUCUAAAUCAUGAGGAUUUGUAAAAUUUUUUGAAAAAUUGUCAUCACUUCCUUUACAUGAUUUUUUUUGUGUAAGUGCUGUCAAGUAGACUUGCACAGAAGGAUGAAACUAAGAUUGCUUAUGCCUUUACAUUUAUUUGUAGGCAUUAUGUCAUCUGUCAUAUUGUUCUGUUUUUGACCUCUUUUUUUUUUUAAUUGUUGCAUUCCAAUAAGACCUGGCAAAUUCCUGGCAAAUUAUUUUUGACAUUUUUUUCACAUAGCUGUCAAAUUAUACACUGUUUAGAAUGAGAGGAUGGGCACAUUUCUGUUGAAAGUUUUUUAGCAUGCAAAUGAAAACAAUUAGUUCUCUGCCAGUUCUUUUUCAUUUUCUUUUUGUGAUAUGAAAUUUUCUACAGCUGACAUUCCCAUACAUUCCCAGUCCUUUCUUAAGAAAAGGAGGUUGCCCAUUAUAUUUUCCUUUUUUUAACAUUCCUCAUGCUUGUUAAACAGUUGGCCUGUUAUUAUUUUAACAUUAAAUACUAAUGAAACCAUAUUUAAAUAUAAGAGAUAAAGGAUAAAGACAGUCACUCUUGCAUUGUAAAUUUAUUUUAAACUUUGUGUACCCUUCAUGUGGACUACAGUCUCACUUUGACUUAUCACUGCCUUAUAAACAUAACUUGUCAAAAGGACAAUGCUAAUAAAUAAAGGUUGUGAAAAUAUUAACUUAACUACAUAUUUUUCUUUUCAAGUAAAAUUAGAACUGGGCAUCAUUUUUCUUUUCUUUUUUUAAGAUAUCUAGUGUUGGAUUGCUUCAUGAAUUAUGGGAUCUUUUUGAUAAAUGCCACAGAAGAACUUUUCGACUGUAUAAACAACAUGUAGUCAGAUCUUCAGUGUUAACUGAUAUUUUAUAUCAGAUUAUAUAAUUUGUCAGAUUUUAUUACUUUUCAAUCAAUCAAAUAUUUAAUUAAUCAGUUUUUUAUUAAUGAGUAACUAUGACAAUAGGUUUCUUAUUAACCCUAGCUUAAUGCCUACUGUUUAUGAGCAGAGGGCACAAACUAGUUCAAAUACCUAAAUUUUAUCAAGAAGAAGACUAUAAUCUGAUAACUUCAAAUUUUGAUGACCACAUAGCACUUCACCUGGUAACCAUAUGUAUGACCAGAUGGCAGUUCUCCUCUCAAGACUUAGUGUAAGAGACUUGCAUCCUUUGUAAUUCUAAAUGUACUUUCUUGGAGAAGCAAAGCUAACCAAAAUCCAUACAUCAGGAGCACAGUAGAUCACUCAUUCUGCGGGAAGAAGCUGCUAUACAAGUGCUGCACAGAAAACUACCAAUAAUAUUUCAGGACCUGGACUUUAGAAGUGCCAGCAGUCAACAAAAAGAAAGAACAGCAAAUGUAACUAUUUGUUCACCAUUGUUUGUCUGUGAUACUGUUGUAAAUGCCAACAGAUAUAUGUAUACACGUUUACUUAGCUAUGUUGUCUUUUUCUCAGUCUGAUAAAUGAAAGCAUUCAUUCACAAAGUGAAUAAUUUUUCCUUCUAAACCAAAUUUACUGUUUUGGUUAAUCGUUCAGUAGUGCUUCACUCUACCAUUUCAAAGCUUUCACUCUUAAGUUAAUCCUGACCUACUAAUGGCAAUUUUAAUAGCUUCUGAUCAGCAGCUGGACUUGCAAUUAUUAAGAAAAUUUUCUACUCAAGAACUAUUGAUUUUCUAGGGAAGGAACUGUAUUCAAAAGCAAAAUAAAGUUUCGAAGUGUUAAAUGUCUGUCUGACUAUGAUAUCACGAUUAAUGAAAGAAAUGCUUUUUUCAAAAUUUGGUUAAGUUCAUUAAAAAUAAGCAUUGGCUUGAGAGCAUUGAACAGAUGUCUUCUUGGAAAAGAGCAAGUAAAAGAAUUUUCAGUAGAUCAUUGAUCUAUAAUAGCAUUUUAUUCUAGUCAUAUGUGUAUUUUCACUGUAGGAUACUGGCUGUCAUUGGCAAAUCAUGUUCAGCAGCUUUCUUAUCAAGAAAUAAUAAUGUGAGACCGUGGUACAACCACUUCCCAUCUUAUACAUCCUGUUGAGCAAAUAAUCUCUUUUUGCAUGAUCUGUAAUAGUAACAGACCAUCUAUCUUGUAAUGAAAACAUUUGUUUGCAGCCUUUCCUUGCUGUGCAGAUGCAACCAUGGUAGUUGUAAUACGUGGACCAUAUCCUUGUACUUAGUUCUUACCUUCACAUUAAGUUGUAGUUUGCCUUGAGAGUGCCUUUUAACAAAAUAUUAUUUUCAUUGGCAUACAUCUUCUCCACCAUUAUGGUGCUGAUCAAGAUUAUCUAUUUCCAUUAUAAGAAGUAAUUAAUACAUUUUGUUAAGACUUUAACCCACCGUAGUGAACAUGAUGUAAGAUGACUUUGCGCUUUGGGCAUCUAUUAUGCAGAUAAGUUCAUGCAGUGUAUUUAUGGUGUUCUUUCUAAAAUGGCUUUGGUUUUCUAAUCCAUGCAUGGAUAGGAUUUUAUUUGUGUUCCUUUGUCCAUGAACCCAGCAAUUGGAAAAGAAAAUAUGUACAAAAUCAGGUGUGGCACUGUUUAUGAAAUCAAAUGAUCUUUUGCUUUGUGCUGAUUUUUUACCAUUUUGUAUAUCUGUAUUUAUUGUAUUCUCUCUUUAUCAUGUCAUUUUUGAAAUAACUAAAAUGCAUUGUCUACAUAAGCAACUUGAAGUGGCAGAUGACUCUCAAUACUGGAAAAGGAAAAGGUUCUGGAGCAUAUAUCAUGCAAGACAUGCAAUGGGUUGCAUUAGCAUUUUCUUAACCCUGUAUAUUUUCUUUAGAAAAAAGUUUCUGUAUUUCACUUGCUCAAAGUCAUAGAAGUGUUUGUUUAUUAUGAGUGUUGAUCAAGCUCUAUUUGUAUUUGUUUCCUUGUAGUUUUGAUGGGAUGUCUCAUAAGUUGUAGAAUUGUAGCCAAGAGUAUAAGACAUUUAUCAUACAUGAGCAACAUUUGUACAAGUUGUCAUGUAAGGUUUAUGAUGGGCUGAUUAAAUUACUGGAUGAUCAUUUACAAUCACACAGACCAUAUCAUGUGUGUCUGGAUGGCUGCUCUAGUGUGUAUUUCUUUGUCAGUUUGUGUAUUUUUACAGAUCUGUAAUACAGCCUGAAAGCUUUUAUAAUUUUGUAUACAUUUACUAUGAGGCAUUUGAAUUGUACAUUUUCAUCAGAAUUUUUUUUGUUUUGUAUGUGAUGGUUGUUAAUAUGUAAACAUUCCAUAGCAACAAUUUUAUGAAGAGUACUGUUCAGUCAGAUAACACUGAAACUAUAUCAUCAAGACCAGGCAUUAGGUAUAGAGAACAUUGCACGUACCCCUUGUAUAUCAAGCACAAUUUGGACUUUGCGAUGUGUUAUUUCAAAUUCACUUUAAUAUACACAUGUAUGCACACCGAUUCAUGCAUAAGAAUUUCAAGUAGAUGUUGAAAGGAAUGGGCCAAGGACAAGGAUCAAAUGUCUUUUUCUUUAUUAGAUGGACUCAAAUGUUGAUAUAAGAAAAGUUAGAAGAUGUGAUUUUUUUUUAAUGUCAAAUACAGCUAUGCAAUGCAGUGUUUUCCAAGAUGGUAAAUUUGUUACGUACAGACUGUUGUUAUAAAUGAAAGAUUUAAAAACAUAAGCACCUUUAUACUUUUUCUUGAGCUGGGCAUUACCCAACCUUCCCACAAGAAAGGUUUCCAUUUUGAUGUUAUCAAACAGUUCUUUCUUUGAGCAGUAAUAGUGUUCCUUCUGUGAUCUAGCUUACACCCACAAUUUCAAAAGAAAUUGGCAUUUAUACUGUGAAAUAUAUUUUCAUACUUUGUACAUAAGCUGCAGAACAAACUGGCUACUCUGUAUUCUGAAAUAACAGUUACACAUUGAGAUAAAAAAAAAAAAACAACCAAAAAAAGAAAAACAGGACUGCAUAAAUUUUUGAUUUCCCUUUUCCAUUCAUACAGGUUCCUCUAAAUUCACGUACAGCCCAUUCAGUCAAGAAAAUGUUCAGCACAUCUGUAUAUGUAAAGUGAUAUGCAAGUACUUUAGCAAUCCACCACAGUAGUUCAUUCUUGCAACAUAUAUUUUGGACUGUAGGUCAUUGUAAUUUAGGUAAUAGAAGCUCACAGUUAUUUACAUUCACCAUGGCAUACUCAUAUAAAGACCGUCUUGUUAAAGACAGAUAAAGUGCACCGCACUAAUCCCACUGUACUUGCUGAAUGGUUUGCAUGUAGUUGAGCAACCCAGGUAUCACCUUGCUUUUAUCAUAGAAAUAUUCAUAAGUCACACAAUACCAUUUUUUUUAUCACUUUUAUUUGAUUGCAUGCUGUGUCUUUUUGAGCUAUUGUUUUUAUUUGAAAACCUAAAGUCUUCCACCACAGUCAAUCCUUACAGGUAAUCAGUUAUUUUAGAAAAAAAUUAAAAUGCUGAAAUUAGUUUGCAAUAUUUCUAGUGUUUUCAUUAGCAAAGAACCAUUUAAGCAAGGUGAUUUUAAUUUUUCAAAAUAAAUUCAGUGAAUAAUUUGUAUGGAAAAUCUGAUACAUGCCCAUGGAGAGAUUGCUUCCAUGUAUGUAAUUGCUGUUGCAUCUUAUUGUGCUGCACCGCAUUCCUACACAACACUUAAACCAAAUAGUCGAGCUUCCAUCUGACUCCUGAAGAAGAAGGGGACAGAUUUGAAAAUAGUCAUCAGUAUUUACCUGUAUCCUUAGCUUUUUUCCUUGGUGCUAGUAGGAGAAACACUUGCUUUUAGGCAUCUUCUAAAUUUCUUUCUUUUUUUGUCACCACAUGCUUUCUAGGACACCUCUUUUAGUUUCAGCUCUGUGUGUGUGUGUGCGCGCAAAUAUGCAUUUAGGGAUAUGCUUGCAUUUCUAUAUAUGUAUGGUCAUGCUCUUACCUAGCGUCUUUACACCGUUGUCAGUUGUGUGAAAUAUCACUAAGGGUGGUUUACUUUUUCCAUAAUAAAGUGCAAAGUGAUACUAAAUCUGCAUACUUUUUUUUCGUUCAUUCCAAGAAAUAAAUGCUCAAGUAACUAUUAGAAAGUUAUUAUAACCUGGAGGAAGGUAUGAAACAAUCUAAGGAAGCCACAGUGUAUUGAAAAUAUGACAGAUAUGAAGAAAAAAGAUAUGCCAAAGAAAACCAUGACCAAAUAUGUAUUCUUUUCUCACUUUAUUCUUUCUUUUUAGCACUUCAUUGUGUAAACUGAGGAUUAGAUUUCAGUUGCAUUGCAUCAUUGUGCUAUGCUACCAUAGUGGGCUCAAUGAACUGCUUUCACUUUCCUUCCCCCAUCCUCCAGUAAAACUUAUUUUUUGUUAAAUUUGAAUAUGUACAUUGUUUGAUUCUGAUAGAUUGAAAAGUCACUUUUUAAACUCAUUUGAUUGAGAAAAUGUUGUAAACUUUGUGCUCUAAGUGCAUGCUACACUUUUGCUUUUAUUUAUACAGAAGUACUGUUGUGUAUAUUGUGUACAUAAUCGAUGUAUCUUAAGGAAGCACCCUGUCCCCUAUGUUGCUGAAUCUGUUUUGUGUUGAGUUUGCCUGAUGCAGCAGACUGUUCACAAAAGAGCGAAUUUGUUUUGCAUUUUUUUUCCCUCCUCGUUUGCAGUACCUAAUUUUUCUUUGUUAGAAGUAUUUUGUGUUCUCUUGCUGAUAUUUUCCCGGUAGAAGCUGUCCAUAUACAGAAAGGUGCUUGCAUUUUGUUUUGUUACACUGGGGAUGGUCAAAACUUUUCAUCAAGAGUCAGAAGUAUUUAUUGGUGUUUCAUUUGCCUAGUUUAGAUGCCAUGCUUUGUAAAUUUAAGGCAUAAGAAAAAUAUUAAAUGGUGGAUUUUCUGGUUUAUAUAGCAUACUAAGUUUUCUCGAUCAUUAUUCAAAAUAUUGAAAAUUAUGCCAUUAGGUAGAUCAUAGCAGGCAGACCGUUGUUUUGUUUGGGAGGAGGGAUGUGCAAGCAGUUUGCUUGGCUCUCUUUUAUAUCCUGAAUAUUUAAGUUGAUAAAUUAGCAGUGUUGCUUAAACCUUCAAAUUUUUUUCUUGCUUGUUUGCUGUCAGAAGGACAGAAGAAAAAGGUCAACGAUAAUACUAGGAUGUUUCUCUUCUUUAGUAGAACAUAAGAAAAUUUAAAUAUUUCACGAUCAUACUUUGCAUUAGCAUAGUUUUAAAUGCUUGAUAAAAUCUUUGUUUCAUGAACAUUGAAUAUUAUCAUACUCAUUGAUUGAAAAGUACAUGUGAGGCAGGGACUUCAGUUAAAGUCUAGCAGAAUUACUGGAAAAGGGACUGGUGGGGACUGCAUAGUCAAGAUUUAUACAGUCUCAUGAUUUUAAAUGGCCUUAUUGGAGUGUCUGUCCAAGACAAAUUUAUUGGAAGUUGCUGAAAAAUAUCUAAGACUGUCACAACCCUUGAUCUUCUAUGCUUGGUUAGUACAGAAGCAGUACAUUUGUGGGUAGAGAUGACAACACACGUGUGUUUGAAGAAAGCCUUCCAGCCUCUCAAAUCCUGCCCUUUGUUUUAAAUGUCAUUAUUAAUAAGUUAUAGAAAGGGGGUUUGACCAGUCUCAUAUCAAAUACUGUAUCAGCCUUACGUUGUGCCUGUACGGACAAGAGCAGUGGGUUGCUUAGGCUAUUUGUACCAUUUCCAUCUAUAAAUAAAUUUAUAUAAGCCUCAUUGGGCCUUAUAAACAAGCACAUUUUUUUCAAUGGAAAAAGAUCCAUAUACUGAUCUAGGUUUGUGCCUUGUUUAGAAAAAAAAAUUGCCAGCAGUGUGGUGAGGGUUAUGAAAAAUACAGACAAAAAAUGUGUACUUCACAAAUAUGCUAUUGUGUAUAUUAUUUAUGCUUCAGUAACAGUGGUCAGUAUCCUGAAGGACAAGGAAAGAAAGUGCCAUGAUUGAAACUUUUAGUCCUCACAGUAACAGAUGCUGAGGAGUAAAAGGCAGUCUCUGUGCCCAGACUUUUCAUUUAAAUUUUUUAACAUUCCAGGUGUUUGCUUUAAACUGAGGUAAUUACAAGUAAACUUAAGUUUUCCUUAUUCUUUAACAUUAAUUUAAGAAGUUUUGUUUCUUGCUUCUGUAUAAAUAGCUGUUCUGAUUUAUAAUGUUUGAUAUUAAAUGAAUCUGAAACUUGGUAACAAAAGGGUAUUUGCAAGGUGCCUUUUUGUGAUAGAGUAAACAAUAUUUUUCAAACCGAAAUAGAAAUUAAGGUACAACAUCUGUACUUUCUGUUGUGACAAGUUUUGUUGAAGAAACUUUUUGAAGUCUGAUGAUAAGUCAGUUCGCAUUUUGCUCAUAUCUAACCUGCUGUAUUUGCUGAUACUCAUAAAAAAUGUUAAGCUCUGACCUGGUGCAUUGAUAAAAGUGCAAGACUGGGAGAUGGAAGAAUUUCUCUCUGAACUUUGUGCCAUAUACUACUGGGUAUUACCAGGUCUUCAGCUUUCAUAUUUUUUUAUAACUGAAUGCUGCUGCUGUUCAACAGCAUUAGUACCUGCAUUAGCUGUGGAUAUAGAUGGCACCUAAUCUUGUGCUACUGAUGUACUUACAGUUGGAGAGUGGAGACAGUUUCCUUAAAUCUGUACCAACUGUUCUAAUCCCAAAUAUAUAGUUAAAGCAAGCAUUUAUGUUUCUUCUGUGUGAAAUACUGGUGACAUUAUGUUCUUUUUUGUCUGAUUUUUCAAUUCCUAAAGCUGUAUGUGCAUUUUCAUCAUUUCAUGAGUGUUACUCUGAAUUUACAGACAUCUUUAAAUGGAAAAAUGUUGUAUGUUAAUCAGAAUGUAAUUUGAGCUGUAGUGUUGACUGUAAGAGUUACACAAAUCAGAAGUCCUACAUCGGAUCUGCACAGCUAUUUGGGGUAGGGGGACAGGGAAGAAUACCUCUGUUCUGUGCAGAAGUAUUUUUCUUAACUGGUCUUAAACAGUAGUUCUCAAAAUUAUGGUUGACAUAAAUUCAUAUUUUGAAAGACUUUUAUGUGCAUUGCCUAUUACAGCAGCUAAGACAUAA